CACCCGCAUGGUGGACGGAAGUACGUCACGUCAGUUUUGUUUAUGUUGUUCAGAAAGUAAACCUAGCUUUUUCUAUGCAUUCGUUAAGAGUGUUGUGCUGUACACCACUUUUGCUAUUUUCUUCUAUAAACGAAAUAGAUGUUUGUCAGCAGAAUCGAUCCUAAACGCUACUCUCCUCGUGGAUAUUGUGCUAGUUAGCCCUUAGCGCUAACUGGUUGCCUGUGCUACUUGAGAAGCAUGAAGAGUGUGAAUGGAAAUGCUAGCAUCAUGGACAUGUUUGAAAAGGGAAAAGUCCUGAAAAUAUGCGCCCCAAUGGUUCGAUAUUCGAAACUUGCUUUCAGGACCUUGGUGAGGAAAUAUGACUGCGACAUCUGCUUCACUCCAAUGAUAGUUGCUGCAGACUUCUUGAGAUCUACCAAAGCUAGAGACAGUGAAUUCACAACCAAUGAGCGUGACCGGCCCUUGAUAGUGCAGUUUGCUGCCCAUGAUGCACAGUCUCUGGCUGAUGCAGCGUGUGUGGUAGCACCUUUUUCAGAUGGAGUUGACCUCAACUGUGGCUGUCCCCAGAGGUGGGCAAUGUCAGCUGGGUAUGGUGCGUGUCUCAUUAACAAGCCUGAACUUGUGAAAGACAUGAUCAGACAUGUCAGAAACCAGGUGGACAAUCCAAACUAUACAGCAUCCAUCAAAAUAAGAAUUCACAAGGAUUUGAGAAAGACUGUGGAUCUAUGCCAGAAGGCUGAAGCAGCUGGUGUGUCGUGGAUAACGGUCCAUGGCCGUACAGCAGAUGAGCGUCACCAGCCAGUCCAUUAUGAUGCCAUAAAGACUAUCAAAGAUAGCCUUUCUGUACCUGUCAUUGCAAAUGGAGACAUAAAGUACCUCCGUGAUGUGGAGUCCACCUACCAGCUUACUGGUGUUGACGGUAUGAUGGCUGCACGGGGGUUGCUUGCUAACCCUGCUAUGUUUGCUGGCUAUGAUGACACUCCUCUGGAGUGUAUAUGGGACUGGGUGGACAUCUCUGUAGAGCAGGGCACUCCAUUCACCUGCUUCCACCACCAUCUUAUCUACAUGCUCGAAAGGGUUAGCUCCCAGCCUGAGAGAAAAGUGUUCAAUUCUCUAUCCAGUACCUCAGCUGUAAUAGAUUACCUCCAGAACACAUAUGGGUCAGUACAAGAUCUUGGAACAUCUGUAUGUUGAAAUGGUUUUAAAACUAUUUUAAAUUUAUUUUUUUGUGCCAAAUAAAAGUGCUAAGGUGUUGUUGUA